CGUUCUGUGGGCUGGGCUGAGGAGCCUCCUCCCUGAGACAGCAUCGCCUAGACCCCCAACCAGGGAGUGACCACCCUGGGGCUGUCCUAGUCGAUUCUGGCAUUGCUUCCAUCCGGUGGUGGCGGAGACACAGAGGGCGGGUCAUGCCCUGGGAUCAGGGAGGAGAGUGACCGGCCCUGGUCCAGGGCCCUCCCCGCACGCCUCUUGGCCAGAACUAACUCCAGCCCUGGGGAGUGGGCAGGGCCUAUUUGCAGUGCCUCACGCCCUGCUUUUCGCCUCCUUCAGCGCUGUCUGCUAGCUGCUUUUCCUGCUGUCUCUCCCGGGAGGCCAACCCUUGUGCCCGAGAUGGCAGCCACCCUGCUCAUGGCAGGGUCCCAGGCACCUGUGACAUUUGAAGAUAUGGCCAUGUACCUCACCAGGGAAGAAUGGAGACCUCUGGAUCCUACACAAAGAGACCUUUACAGGGAUGUUAUGCAGGACAAUUAUGGAAAUGUUGUCUCACUAGAUUUUGACAUCAGGAGCGAGAACGAAGUGAAUCCAAAGCAAGAGAUUAGCGAAGAUGUUGAAUUUGGGACCACAUCUGAAAGACCCGUUGGGAAUGCUGAGGAAAAUCCUGAAGGGGAAGAGGCCUUUGGAACCGGGGACAGGUCGGAAAGACAGUGGGGAGAUUUGACAGCCGAAGAGUGGGUAAGCUAUCCUCUCCAACAAGUCACCGACCUGCUCGUGCACAAAGAGGGCCACACGGGCAUCCGCUAUCACAUAUGUUCCCACUGUGGAAAGGCCUUCAGUCAGAUCUCGGACCUUAACCGCCACCAGAAGACCCACACGGGAGACAGACCCUAUAAGUGCUACGAGUGUGGAAAGGGCUUCAGCCGGAGCUCCCACCUCAUUCAGCACCAGCGCACGCACACGGGGGAGCGGCCGUACGACUGCAGCGAGUGCGGCAAGAGCUUCGGGAGGAGCUCGCACCUCAUCCAGCAUCAGACCAUCCACACCGGCGAGAAGCCGCACAAGUGCAGCGAGUGCGGGAAGAGCUUCUGCCGGCUGUCCCACCUCAUCCAGCACCAGAGGACCCACAGCGGGGAGAAGCCGUACGAGUGCGAGGAGUGUGGCAAAAGCUUCAGCCGCAGCUCGCACCUGGCGCAGCACCAGCGGACGCACACGGGCGAGAAGCCCUACGAGUGUAACGAGUGCGGCCGGGGCUUCAGCGAGCGGUCGGAUCUCAUCAAACACUACCGCGUGCACACCGGGGAGAGGCCCUACAAGUGCGACGAGUGCGGCAAGAACUUCAGCCAGAACUCGGACCUGGUGCGGCACCGCAGGGCGCACACCGGCGAGAAGCCGUACCACUGCAACGAGUGCGGCGAGAACUUCAGCCGCAUCUCGCACCUGGUGCAGCACCAGCGCACCCACACCGGGGAGAAGCCCUACGAGUGCAAUGCCUGCGGGAAGAGCUUCAGCCGCAGCUCUCACCUCAUCACACACCAGAAGAUCCACACCGGGGAGAAGCCCUACGAGUGCAACGAGUGCUGGCGGAGCUUUGGCGAAAGGUCGGAUCUCAUCAAACACCAGAGAACGCACACGGGAGAGAAGCCCUACGAGUGCGUGCAGUGUGGCAAAGGGUUUACCCAGAGCUCCAACCUCAUCACGCAUCAGAGGGUCCACACCGGAGAGAAGCCUUAUGAAUGCACCGAGUGCGAGAAGAGUUUCAGCCGGAGUUCAGCCCUUAUUAAACACAAGAGGGUGCAUACUGACUAAGUCCUGUAAUUAUGACUGAGAAGCGAUUCCUUUGAAGGUACAGUUGACAUCUGUGAGCUCGCUUGAGGCCGAGCGGCUUUUACCCUGCUGACUUUCCUGGUUGUGGGCUGUAAUUAGAGCAUCCAAGAAGACCGUCACUAUGAAAUUCAGACGCACAGCUCUGAAACUUUAUCCCUCCUCCAAAAGAGAGACUUUCGUUCACUCAAUUUUUAUUCACUCAAUGGAUUACUUCAUCAAAUUCAGUCCUGCAAAUAGCUGGAACUCUGAAGACCAGGGGCAAAUGCUGGUGAAGGCUCAGGCCUGGGGUUGGAGUAAAUCUUUAAAGGUUACUUCUACCAUCCAGGGCCCAAAAUCUCUGCUAGGGGAAAUGUGGACUGUAAUAGGGUGGUCAAGUUUGCUUUGGAAAAAGGCAACCAGACUUGGCCUGAAUUGCCACCCGUGUUCACACACCAGAGUAGAGGGCACACACAUCCUCCCCUCCAAAGGGCUUUCCCUUGAGUCGCUCUGCAUCUUUCCUUCUUCCUGAGAGCAGGAUUCUGCAUGAUGAAGGCAAUGAUCAAAUCUUUUCUCCUUCUCAUUGUUUCUGAUUAACUUGUUUGAAGCUGUGUCUUUGUAGAUACAGGUGUGAAAGGAAAAAUGAGACUUGGGUUUGAGGACCAAGACCCAUCAUCAAUGGUGGUGACUUUAGCAAGAGGUGCCCACUGUUGUAAUUGCUAUUAAUCAGGCUUAUGAAUUUUCUUUGGGAAUCAUUGUAUGGAAUAUUGUAGGGAAAAUAUCUUCAAGGAAAGAUAGGACCAUAAGUGAUGGUGGAGUGAAAGGAGUAAGUGGAACCGAACCCCUACGGGAAGGAAGCACAGAGUCCCUUCCCAAGGAAUGUAGGCCAUUUCUGUAUUCUUCCCCUUCUAAUCUUUAAAAUCAAUUCUCCCUAAACUGCUAACUCUAGGGUUUGAUAGGGCCACAUCCUAGUGUUUAUCUUAGCUUGCUAAGGGCAUGUCUCUGUACAGUGAAAUGUGUACUCCUUUGGUUUUACUAGUAGUGGUAACUGAAUUUUCAAAGAAUUAGCAUGUUCUUGGGUGGUGUGGAUCAUGUAACAGAACUAUAGACAUAACUCCAAUGUGAGAAAUGUCCUUUUUUUUUUCAU